CCCGGAAAUAAAAUGGAUUUGGCACAAGACGCUAAGCGUACGUUUGGUCGUCACUAGUUAGCACAGCCACAAAAUCAUAAACCCCGCCUAUUUCUACAAUUAAUCUUCUUAAAAUGUGAUUUUAAACCUAACCUUAACCACACUGCUAACCUUAAGCCUAACCUUAUAUUAAGACCAAAAUGCGAUAUACUUUGUGGAUGUGGUAACUAGUGGAAAACCGUACUUUUUUUAAUGAAACGUCAGAGACACGCCCCCAGUUUCUCCGACCAUGUGGUUGAUGAUAAACACAGCUUAAAUAUCUCCCCGUGCUAAGCUUUUUGGUUUCAACAUUUGUUCGAUUUUAGUUCGAUUUCUUACCGCGUGCUCACUAUUAGCUGUCAGCAUGUCUGUUUCCGACGAUGUGAAUUUUCAAACCCAGAUUGCGUCUGUUUUGGAUUCACUUGCAAAGGUGGCCGUCGUGGAAAUAACGAAACUGUUCGAGAGUCGCUUCCUUGCUUUGGGAACCACCUUUCUCAUUAAAGGGCGGAGGGAACAAAAUGAAACCCAGCAAACGGUGGACGCUGUAAAAAAGUCUGGCAAAAAAUGCAUUCGCAGUAUCGGAGUUCAAGUGAAUGAGGAGACAACGACGUCCUCAGAGUUACAUGAAAGUAUGUUAGCUAACGUUUUAGUACUUCAUUACACUGGCAAUUCCAUGGUAACGGAAUUACGCAGAAAUUCAGAUUGUUUCACAUUAACAUGUAUACCAAACAAAAACCAUUAAUUUCAAAGUUUAACAAACCAUACAACUCAAUGCACAAAUACUACUUUUAACCAUUUCCACUGACAAUUUUACAAAAACACAUUUACAGGAAGAACUGUGCAGAUAAACUUUGGUAAAUGUAUUUACUGUGUAAAUUGUUCAAAGUAGCCAUUGUGCAUAGAGGUAUGGUUUGAAAUCAGUGGUUUUUGUUUGGCACUGUAUGUUACACUUUCCUACAUUUGCAGAAAUACACACUGUUUAAUAUGCACGAUGACUCUUAUCAUCUUUCUCUCUGAAUAUGACUGUUGAAUUUUUUUAUGGCAUUACGUUGGACAGAGUAUCUGCAAAACAUGAUGAUUACUGACAAAAUGUCAACAAACAACAUUUUGGAGGAAAAAAAAAACAACACAAUUAGUGAUUUGUUUAGUCCCUUUAUUGUUAUUAUUGUCAGUACUGAUCUGCACCAUGCUGUCUAACCAAUGGAAUGUUUGUGUGCUUUGCGCUCUACCCCUCCCCCUUCCCAUACCCUCUCCAGACCCAAAACAGUGCUUGUCCUUGGAGGGGGGCAGUGGUUCUUUGAAUGGGAGCAGUGAGGAGGAGGGUCCUGCACAUAGUAUCCCUAUGCUGAAGGCUAAUCAGCCUGCUGAACUCAAGUGCUCUGUUCUAGAAGAGAAGGUCAGUGAGUUGUUUGGGUUAAAGGGAUACUUUGUAAUUUUGGCAAAGUCCUUUACUUCCCCAGAGUCAGAUGAACUCGUACCAUCUGUAUGUCUUUACGUGCAGUUUGAAGGAAGUUGCUAACUAGCAUGCUAGCUGUUACCAUAGACUUCCAGUCAUUGUGCUAAUGCUAGUUAGCAUUGGCUUGUGAAACUACCUCAAACUUCCUUCAUACCGGACAUAGAGACAUUAAAAAUAGUAUGCACAAGUUCAUCUGACUCUGGGGAAGUAGAUAAAGGGCUUCAUUGUAAACCAUAAGAUGUGUUUGUUACUAGAACUAAUGCCUUUUUGACUUGUAGGCUUCAAGCUAAUUUGAUUAGCUGACACCUGUAUUACAGUACCUAAGUAGUUGUCUUUUUGGCUUGUCAUCUGUCUGUCAGGUUGUGGAGAUGGUGGAGGGGAGCAGUCUGGAACCAAAAUCUCCAACAAUCACUGAGCAAGAAGGAGAACAAGUGAUCUAUUCCAGUAAAAAACUAAUUUAUUCUAGGAGGUGGUAGUGAAGCUAUAGACACUGAAAUAUAUUUGUUAUAAACUUUUUGUAUAUAAAGGGUUGAGGUUACUAUCUAACAACUAUUUUAUUUUCUUUCCUCCAGCACCUGAGGAUCCAAGCCACCUCUAUGUUCCUGUUCAAAGCUCCCCAACUAAGCAGAAACCCCAGCCCCUCAAGACAGAAACAGAGAAUGGAAUCAAUAUAGAAUGCAAGACUAAAGUCAUCUGCCAAACGGUCCCAAAGGCAGAGGAGGAGGAUUCAACACCACAGCCUACAUGUAAAGAAAAGCCUACCCAGGUGGAGCCCCAGCAGGCCAGCUACAGCACUGCCAAGGGGACAGCCUACAGCCCGUCCUCCUCAGAUGGGGCUUUGGCUCCUGUACAGGCUAAGAGUAAGUUGAAAUCUAUGGAUGUAACGAACCCUCCCUCUACUAUAAUGAAGAAAAAGAAGGUGGAUUUCAAGCUGGACCAGACAAAGAAAAAUGAGGUGGAUUUAAAGCUGGACUGGACAAAGAAAAAGAAGGUGGACUUCAAGCUCGACCAGACGAAGAAGAAGAAGGUGGACUUCAAGCUGGACCAGAUGAAGAAGAAGAAGGUGGACUUCAAGCUGGACCAGAUGAAGAAGGUGGACUUCAAGCUGGACCAGAUGAUGAUGAUGAUGAAGAAGAAGAAGAAGUUGGACUUCAAGCUGGACCAGACAAAGAAGAAGGUGGACUUCAAGCUGGACCAGACAAAGAAGCAGGUGGACUUCAAGCUGGACCAGACAAAGAAAAAGGUGAACUUAAAGCUGGACCAGACCUCCCUGGAGCAGAAGUUGACGAGGCCCUGCUCUGUGCAGCUGGUGAACCUACUUUUGGUGCCCGGAGGAAAGAACUCUGGAGGGAAGAAGAAGGCUAAUGGUAGCUACUGUCAUGACAACAAGCGGUUCCCCAUGCCAAAGGACCUCAAGACCCACCAAGGCCUCCACACGGGCCGACGCCUCUGCUGCUUCACUCAGUGUGGGAACGGUGUCUGGCGGCUGCAAGGGGUCCUCUCCUCAAGCCGCGCCCAUGGCUGCAAGAUCUGUGGGAAGCGCUUCAAGCGCAGGAAGAUCCUGAGGAGGCACGAGCGCUUCCACACUGGUGAGAAGCCCUACUCCUGCUCCCAGUGCUCCAAGACAUUCGCCCUGCGGAAAAGCCUCCGCAGGCACGAGAGGUUCCAUACAGGGCAGAGACCUCACAGCUGCCCCCAGUGUGGGAAGAGCUUCCGUCUCAGGGACAAUCUGAAGGCUCAUCUGCGCUUUCAUACCGGUGAGAGACCUUUCACCUGUUCCUUUUGCUCCAAGAGCUUCAGAAUCUUCCGGAAUCUUGAAAAACACAGCAUCGAUCACUUGGGAGCGACAGCGAAAUAG